AUGUCUAGCCGUAAGAUAUGGAAGAUUGAACCUGUCAAUCUUGCCGAUGCCCCAGCUAUUGCCCGCAAUAACUUGUCAGCCUUUUGGGAAGACAAAAAUUGGCGUCUCUCUUGGGACGACAGCAUUACGCUCGACUAUCUCAUUACACAGGAGGCGGAUCGAGUCAUGAAUGAUCUACUCCACAGACGAGACAUUCUCCGCCACUUGAAAGCUGUCGAUCCGGACACUGGCACCUUGGUGGGGUACCUUCGAUUGGCUUUGCCCGUAGAACACAUAACGGCUCCCGAUGGCAAACCGGUCUGGCCUGAGAUACAGACCCCAGGCGUGACUCCUGACGAGAAGAAACGCAUCCAAGAGAUCUCGGACAAGGCUUGGCACCAACCCAAAGACAAUGACUCGGAGGAUGAAGCAUUUGAGAUUCAGAAACGAAUCCUGUCCGAGGGUGUAUAUAUUAGACUCCGGUAUCUUGCUGUCCACCCAGAAUACCAGAAAAAGGGCAUUGGAAGAGCCCUGGUUACGGCAGUUGUCGGGAAAGCUGACGAGCUGGGAAUUGAUGUUUAUAUCAUGGCUUAUGAGGCUGGUCGCUUGCUUUAUGAGCAGCUAGGAUUUCACACAACACUUGACUCCGGCAAGAAUAGACUCGAGUCUCUAUUCGAUAUGUCGUCAACUUGGGUUCCAGACGUGGACCCUUUGAGCGACUUUUCACUCGCCAACAUUCCUUUCGGCAUCAUUACCACACAGUCGGACUCUUCUCGGCGUGUUGCCGUCGCCAUCGGUUCCCAUGUUCUAGACCUGAAGGCCCUCUCGUCGCAUCCGGACUUCACAAAUGUGUUUCCCGUACUCAACGGCCAAGAAUAUGUCUUCGCCGAGCCCACUCUGAAUCAUUUCGCGUCUCUUGGACGCGAGGUGCACCGUGAAGUCAGACGGACCAUUCAGAAGCUGCUAGCGACUGAUGCCGAAUACCCCGAGUUCCUGAGGGACAAUGCGGAGCUCCGAGAGGAGGCAUUGUUGCCUCAACGAGCAGUUAAGUUGCAUCUUCCCAUGGCAAUUGGCGAUUACACCGACUUCUAUGCGGGUUAUCAUCAUGCCUACUCUGUCGGAGUAAUGUUCCGUGGCCCUGAAAACGCUUUGCAGCCCAAUUAUACACAUUUGCCUGUGGGGUAUCAUGGCCGCGCUUCCAGUAUUGUGGUGUCACGAACCCCCAUCUAUCGACCUGUUGGGCAAAUCCUGCUGGAUCCGAAAGCCGAGCCCAAGCAACCGAUCACAGCGCCGUCUCGUAGGCUUGACAUUGAGCUGGAGCUGGGCUGCUUGAUCUGCACACCAAACGACCUUGGUCAGUCCAUCCCAGUCGAUGAGGCUGAGGACCACAUAUUUGGCUAUGUUCUGCUCAAUGACUGGAGCGCGCGCGAUAUCCAGAUGUGGGAAUAUGUUCCUCUUGGUCCGUUCAACGGGAAGAACUUUGCAUCAACGAUCAGUCCAUGGGUUGUUCUAGCCGAUGCGCUGGAGCCUUUCCGCACUGCAGCAAUCGAGAACAAGACUCCAUUACAAGAUUAUCUCAAAGAACAGAGAGCGGAUAACGUUCUAGAUAUUAAAUUAGCUGUUGAUCUAACAACCCCAGAAGGCGAUACGACCACAAUAUCACAAACGAGCUCCAAGCAUCUAAUGUGGUCGUUUCCUCAGAUGAUCGCUCAUCACAGCCUUGGUGGAUGCCCGCUAAGGACUGGGGAUAUGCUAGGAUCGGGCACCAUCAGUGGGCCAGGAACCAACGACAAAGGGAGCUUUCUCGAGUUGAGCGAGAGUGGCAAGAAGGAUAUCAUGCUGUACGGGAUGGACGUCGUAUUUAUAGCGCGACAUUCUCAUGAGAAACCCAUCAUUGUGCUCGACAAGUAA